AUGAAAAUCCAAAGGCUGUUCAUCUAUCCGGUCAAGUCACUCCUGCCAAUUGAAGUGUCCAUUGCCGAGAUUACAAGUGAAGGGUUUCGCUUUGACAGACAGUAUAUCCUCGUCAGAGACCCUCGGACCCAUCCGACGAUACGACCUCAUCUGGCCGAGCACCUCACCGUCAAGCUGGUUUAUAAGCUGGUGCUCUUCCAGCCGUCAAUCAACGACGACUGGUCCGAGCUGACCAUCAAGCACAGGACGGCCCAGCCGGAAUCUUCAAUUACCAUUCCACUUACGCCGUCGCCGCUGUCAUGUCUGGAAGCGCCGUCGUAUCAAGUGAGCAUAUUCGGCACGGAGGCCACGGGAGUUGAUAUGGGAGACGGCCCAGCGGAGUUCUUCACCAAACACCUCGACAUACCGACCAGACUGCUAUAUAUCUCCGGCUCGGGCAGCCGUGAGAUCCCAGGAGCCGCAUAUAUUCCUAAACAUCGACUUCCCUUGACAAUUCGAGCUGCGGGUGAUCAUUUUCAGCCCCAGCGAAUCCGCUUCGCAGAUGCUGCACCCUUUCUUGUUACAUCGACGGCAUCCGAGGUGGACGUUCGGUCCCGGUUACCGCCAGAAAAUCAGCAAGAAGAUGUCUUGCUCCGCUUCCGCACUAAUAUUCACGUCGACGUAGGAUCCGUUGCGCCGUGGGACGAGGAUCACUGGAGAGAGCUCACAGUAUUCGCGGAAGAUGGAACUACUCCUAAAGCAAUCAUUCGAUGUGUCUUCAAGACCCCUCGCUGCCUAAGUGUCAACGCCGAUAUUGAGACAGGGACUGGAUCCCCACGACGCACACAAGUCUACGGCUUGAUAGCGAAAGACAGGCGUGUAAACAAGGCAUAUCCUCUCAAGCCAGUGUUUGGGCAGUGGUCCUUUGCAGGCCCAAAUGGGGCCCUGCUUCGAGUUGGCGACGAAGUCCGAGUCACGGAGAGGGGAGCUAAUGACAGCUUGAGAAGGUCAAUAUUCCAGGGGCACACCAAGCUGUAA